AUGUCAUUAUUUGGAAAUAAAUCAACUUAUAUAUUAGCUUCCUAUCCGAAACUAUAUCAUCAAUUUCGAGCACUUUUAACUGGUACACGUUGCAUUAAGUUACAUCAUUAUUGCAUACAAAAACGUUACAUAGUACCUUCAACAUUUUUAAAUAUAAAAAGGAGUGUCCCUUUACGUAAGAAUAAUAUUAAUUUCAAAAUGAGUACUGGAGCUUAUUCAAUUGAGGAACGUGGUCAACUUAAUACUCUUAGUUAUAGAAUUUUUAUUAAGCAAGAAGGAAAUGUUAUUAAUCCAUGGCAUGAUAUUCCAUUAUUUGCUUGUGAACAAAAUAAAAUAUAUAAUAUGAUUGUUGAAAUUCCAAGGUUUAGUAAUGCUAAAAUGGAAAUGGCUACUAAAGAAGCUGGUGCUCCAAUUAAACAAGAUCAAAAAAAAGGUGUAGCAAGAUUUGUAAAUAAUAUUUUCCCAUUCCGUGGUUAUCCAUGGAAUUAUGGAGCUCUUUCUCAAACAUGGGAAGAUCCUAAUCAUAUUGAUAGUCAUACAAAUGCAAAAGGUGAUAAUGAUCCAAUUGAUGUAAUUGAAAUUGGUUCUAAAAAACAUAAUGCUGGUGAUAUUGUUCAAGUUAAAGCAUUAGGAAUUGUAGCAUUAUUGGAUGAAGGUGAAACUGACUGGAAAGUACUUGCUAUUGAUGUAACAGAUCCAAUGGCUAACCUUGUUAAUGAUGUUGAAGAUGUUGAAAAACAUUUUCCAGGAGUUAUUGCUCAUUCAGUUCAAUGGUUUACUGUUUAUAAGGUUCCAACUGGUAAACCAUUAAAUGAAUUUGCUUUCAAUGGUAAAUGUCAAAAUGCUGCAUUUGCUCAUAAAAUUAUUGCUGAAACUCAUGAAUUUUGGAAAGCAUUAAUUAAAGAUAAAUCUCCAUCACUUAAUACUGAAUGUUUCCAAGAGGGAGGAGCUUUUAUGGCUGACAGAACAAAGUUUAAUGGUUUACCUGGUACUCAUUCACCACUCGAAGCUCCAGCUAUCUAUCCUCCAUCAGUUGAUGAUGUAUUUUAUUACAAAUCAAAAUAUUGA